GCCAGGGCGGGGGAGGGCCAGUGCCGGAGACAGGGCCAGCUCACAGGCGUGAGGCCAGAGCUAGUGGUGGGUUCCUGUGGGUCUGCACUGCACCCCAACCAUGGACGGGCAGUGUUCUGAAAGGCCACACAGCCGCACCCCGACGGGUAGAAUGUCGUCAGCCGUGUCCCAAAACUCCAGAAUCUCCCUCCCUGUCUCCACAUCCACGAAGGACUCAUCUUGCAUGAAGGUACCCCAGGACUCUGCCCACAGGGACAGAUGUUCACACCCCACCACCAUCAUUCUUCACAAGUCGCAGAGCAGCCAGGCCACACUGAUGCCACAGGAGCACAGGAUGUUCAUGACGGAGGCCUACAGUGCAGCCACCUGCUUCAAGAUGCUGCAGGACAUGAACAGUGCCGACCCCUUCCACUUGAAGUACAUCAUCAAGAAGAUCAAGAACAUGGCUCAUGGCUCCCCCAAACUGGUGAUGGAAACCAUCCACGAUUACUUCAUAGACAACCCAGAGAUCUCCAGCAGGCACAAGUUCCGGCUGUUCCAGACCCUGGAGACGGUCAUCCGGGCCAGUGACAUCCUGGAGGAGACCUGGGAGAAAACCUUCACGCGGCUCGCCCUGGAGAACAUGACCAAGGCCACGGAGCUGGAAGACAUAUACCAGGACGCAGCCAGCAACGUGCUGGUGGCCAUCUGCAGGCACUCGUGGCGGGCGGUGGCGCAGCAUCUGGAGACGGAGCUCCUGACGGGCGUCUUCCCACACCGCAGCCUCCUCUACGUGAUGGGCAUCCUGUCCUCCAGCGAGGAGCUCUUCAGCCAGGAAGACAAGGCCUGCUGGGAAGAGCAACUGAUCCAGAUGGCCAUCAAGUCAGUCCCAUUCCUGAGCACGGAUGUGUGGUCCAAGGAGCUGCUGUGGACACUCACCACACCCAGCUGGACCCAACAGGAGCAGUCCCCUGAGAAGGCCUUCCUGUUCACCUACUAUGGGCUAAUCCUUCAAGCUGAAAAAAACGGUGCCACGGUCAGGAGACACCUGCAAGCCCUCCUGGAAACAUCCCACCAGUGGCCCAAGCAGAGGGAGGGCAUGGCUCUGACCUUGGGGCUGGCGGCCACCCGCCACCUGGAUGACGUCUGGGCCGUCCUGGACCAGUUUGGCCGGAGCAGGCCUGUCAGAUGGAGUCUCCACAGCUCCUCCCCAAAGAACUCGGAGGACCUGCGCUGGAAAUGGGCCAGCAGCACCAUCCUCCUGGCAUACGGCCAGGUGGCGGCCAAAGCCCGGGCCCACAUCCUCCCGUGGGUGGACAACAUCGUGUCCAGGAUGGUCUUCUACUUCCACUACAGCUCUUGGGAUGAGACCCUGAAGCAGAGCUUCCUCACAGCCACCCUGAUGCUGAUGGGUGCGGUGAGCCGGAGUGAGGGCGCCCACAGCUAUGAGUUCUCCCAGACCUCCGAGCUCCUCCAGUGUCUGAUGGUUUUGAUGGAGAAGGAGCCCCAGGACACUCUGUGCACGCGGAGUCGCCAGCAGGCCAUGCACAUCGCGUCCAGCCUCUGCAAGCUGAGGCCUCCCAUAGACUUGGAAAGGAAGUCUCAGCUCCUGUCCACCUGCUUCCGCAGCGUGUUUGCCCUGCCGCUGCUGGAUGCCCUGGAGAAGCACACCUGCCUCUUUCUGGAGCCUCCCAACAUCCAGAGCCUGUACAGCAGGACCACGGAGGCGCUGGACCUCAUGCUGCAAAGCCUCAUCAUGCAGAACCCCACCGCCGAGGAGCUGCAUUUCCUACUGUCGCACCUGUACAUCUGGCUGGCGUCGGAGAAGGCGCAUGAGCGGCAGCGGGCUGUGCACAGCUGCAUGAUCCUCCUCAAAUUCCUGAACCACAAUGGCUACUUGGACCCAAAAGAGAACUUCAAAAGGAUUGGGCAACUGGUGGGCAUACUGGGGAUGCUGUGCCAGGACCCAGACAGGGCCACCCAGCACUGCAGCCUGGAAGGGGCAAGCCAUCUCUACCAGCUCUUGAUGCGCCACAAAAUUGAAGCUUUGCAGGCAGAAUCACAGGCCCCCAAGGAGCUCUCCCAGGCCCAUUCGGACGGAGCCCCACUCUGGAACAGCAGAGACCAGAAGGCCACUCCCCUGGGCCCCCAGGAGAUGGCAAAGAACCACAUCUUCCAGCUCUGCGGCUCCCAAGUCAUCAAGGAAAUCAUGCAGCAGCUCACACUGGCAGAGUUGAAUGACCUCAUCUGGACGGCCAUCGAUGGCCUGGGCUCCACCAACCCCUUCCGCGUGCAGGCGGCCUCCGAGAUGCUGCUCACAGCCAUCCAGGAGCAUGGGGCCAAGCUGGAGAUGGUUUCCAGCAUGGCCCAAGCCAUCCGCCUCCGCCUGUGCUCUGUCCGCAUCCCCCAAGCCAAGGAAAAGACCCUGCAUGCCAUCACCCUGCUGGCCCGGAGCCACACCCGCGAGCUGGUGGCCACCUUCCUGGACAUCUCCAUCCCCUUGGACAGCCACACCUUCCAGCUGUGGAGGGCCCUGGGGGCCGAGCAGCCCACGAGCCACCUGGUGCUGACCACGCUGCUGGCCUGGCUGCAGGAGCGGCCCCUGCCCACCGGUGCCAGCGACAGCAGCCCCUGCCCCAAGAAGACCUACCUGCGCUCGCUGGCUGCCAUGAACAUGCUGCAUGAGCUGCAGUUUGCCCGGGAGUUCAAGCAGGCUGUGCAGGAGGCCUACCCCAAGCUCUUCGUGGCCCUCCUCACCCAGAUGCACUAUGUCUUGGAGCUGAACCUGCCCGGGGAGGCCCAGCCCAAGCCGCAGGCCCAGGAGGCGGCCGUGUCCAGCCCCCAAAGCUGCAGCACGUCACUGGAGGCACUGAAGAGCCUGCUGUCCACCACGGGGCACUGGCAUGACUUUGCCCACCUGGAGUUGCAGGGAUCCUGGGAGCUCUUCACCAGCAUCCACACCUACCUGAAGGGCGUGGGCCUCCUUGCCAGGGCCAUGGUGCAGAACCACUGCAAGCAGAUCACAGCGGUGCUGCGUCAGCUGCUGCCCAGCCUGCAGAGCCCAGAGGAGCGUGAGAGGAAGGUGGCCAUCCUCAUCCUCACCGAGUUCCUCUACAGCCCUGCCCUGCUGGAGGUGCUUCCCAAACAAGCUGCCUUGACCGUGCUGGCACAAGGCCUCCGCGACCCCAGCCCCGAGGUCCGCGUGUUGAGUCUGCAGGGCCUAAGCAACAUCCUCUUCCACGCAGAUAAGGGAAGCCUGCUCCAGGGACAGCUUCGGCCCUUCCUCGACGGCUUCUUCCAGAGCAGCGAGCAGGUGAUCGUGUGCAUCAUGGGCACCGUGUCAGACACGCUGCACCGCCUGGGCGCGCAGGGCGCAGGGAGCCAGAGCCUCAGUGUUGCCAUCAGCGCACGCUCCUUCUUUAAUGAUGAGCGGGAUGGGAUUCGGGCGGCAGCCAUGGCACUGUUCGGGGACCUGGUGGUGGCCAUGGCAGACAGGGAGCUGAGCGGCCUGCGGACUCAGGUGCACCAGAGCAUGGUGCCCCUGCUCCUGCACCUGAAGGACCAAUGCCCAGCUGUUGCCACGCAGGCCAAAUUCGCCUUCUACCGCUGUGCUGUGCUGCUCCGCUGGCGGCUACUGCACACCCUCUUCUGCACGCUGGCCUGGGAGAGGGGCCUUAGCGCCCGCCACUUCCUCUGGACCUGCCUGAUGACCCGCAGCCAGGAGGAAUUCAACAUCCACUUGUCACAGGCCCUCAGCUACCUGCACAGCCACUCCUGCCACAUCAAGACCUGGGCGGCGCUCUUCAUAGGCUACACCAUCUGCUACCACCCCCAGGCCGUGUUGCAGAUGCUGAAUGCUGUGGACACCAACCUGCUAUUCCGCACUUUUGAACAUCUCAAAAGUGACCCUGAGCCCAGCAUCCGGGAAUUCGCCACCAGCCAGCUCUCCUUCCUCCACAAGGUGUCGGCCAGACCCAAGCAGUGACCUCCAGCCAUCCUCCCCCACCAUCUUCCCCUCCCCUGCGUCCACCUGGUCAGCCCUGCCCCAUCCGCCCCCCCACAGAGCUUGGUUGCAUAACGUUUUUCCAUUUGAAAGAAAAAUCUAGAUUCAACAAAGAAGCGUUAUGCGUGUCAGCUCCCUGCCCACCACAGGCCCCUCUGCUGUGACCAAGCCAAGCCCCAGCAGACACUGGCAGGACUUGGGGACAAACUCAGGGUCAGGCCCAGGAGACAGAGACAAACUGUGAAGUCUGUGAAGGCCCUGCAGGUGGACACCUGUCCACUCCUGGAGACAGGGCCACCUUGAUUAGGGCCUGAGCCCAAGCCACAGCCUGCCAGGGUCCCAGGGUCCUGGGGGCUGGGCAGACACUCGAAUCAAGGGCAGACUCCACCCAGGGUGGCCGCUCAAUCUUCAGUUGUCUCCAGCUUGGUGCGCCACAGUGGCUGGGGGCUGACGGUGGGAUGGGGUCCCCUCAGUCGGGACCCCCAGCUUCCGGCCCCCAGCGUCUCCCUCCACCCCCACCAACAUCCUUCUCAGUCCAUUCAGGGCCAGCAGCAGAACCAGCCAGACCCACCCUGGACACACUGUGGCCUGAGGCAGGAGUCUUGGCUCUCUGAUGCUCAGCUGUUCCAUCUGUAAAAUGGGCAGUAAGACCUUUCUCCCGAGACCCUUGGAGGGAUGAGUCCAGAGGCAGGUACCCUGGACUCCCAGAGAGCCACCAAGGGACCUGCCCAACCUUCGGCCUCGGCCUGGGUUUCCGCCUGGCCUGGGGUCCACACAGCUCCUGGAGAGCCCCUCCCUGCAGAGCUCUGCCUGGGGUCUCAUCCCCUGCUGCAUGUGUCUCGGGAUCCUGCCAGGCCAGCCACCAUCCCACCAAUGGGGUGAUCCAGACUGCACCCCCUUUCCCCUCCUGACCAGCGCUGACCCCCACUCCACACUCAGCUCAGGCGGUCCUUCCACCUGGGGCAUCUCCCCCACCUCCUGACCUGGUACUCUGCACUGUGCCUCCCCAGGCCCUGCCUCCACAACCCCUGUCCCCCUGCCCCCUAACAAGGUGGAGCACACGAAGGCCCCGCCUCCAUGCCCCCAUUCCCCCGCCCCCCCGCAAGGUGGAGCACCUGAGGCCCUGCCUCCAUGCACCCUGUCCCUCAGUCUCCCCAAGGUGCAGCACCCCAAGGCCCCACCUCCAUGCCCCCUGUCCCCCUGCCGCCCCCCGAGGUGGAGCACCCCUAGCUGUAACUGGGAGGCUUACCAGCCUGUCUUCCCCCCAACCCUGCUAGACUGUGAGCCUCUUGGGGCAGGGACAUGACUACACAGGGCCAGCAGAGGUGACCCCAAAACUUGGCUGGUGGAUUGAAAAAAUACAGCAAACUUCACCC